GCAGUCACUAAGGGCCAAGAUUAUUAUGAAAACAGCCGAUUCAAAUUCUGGUCCUACAAGUUGAAGCCUGACAAGUUGACGUCAAUCGAUGAUAAUGAUUACGAUGAUUCCGAUGAAGACAAAAAGGAUGACAAUGAUGAAGAGGAGUCAAUCCAGUUGUCUGAUUUACACAGGAGAGCAGUGGACCAGGCCUUGAAGAGUGAGAAUGGACACCUGGACCUGUUCCUCUGCUUCCUUCUGGGUCUCUCACUGGCAUCCAAUCAGAAUCUGUUACGAGGCCUUCUGACACAGACAAAAAGAACAACACAGACCAAUGAGGAAACAGUUGAGAGAACAGCCAGGUACCUUUCAUACAAGAUCAAGGAGGAAUCCUCACCAGAAAGGAUCAUCAACUUGUUCCACUGUCUGAAUGAACUUGGUUCCAACUCUCUAGUUGAAGACAUGCAGACCUCCCUGCGAUCAGGAACUCUUUCAGAAACAAGACUAAAACCUGACCAAUGUACAGCCCUGGCCUACCUGUUACUGAUGUCAGAGGAGGUGCUGGAGGAGUUUGACCUGAAGACAUACAACACAUCAGAGGAAGGUUAUCAGAGGUUGCUGCCGGUAGUGAAAACCUGCAAGAGAGCACUACUGGAUCGCUGUAAACUCACAUAUAAAUCCUGUGAGACUCUGACCUCAGCUCUGCAGACACCAAACUCUCCCCUGAUAGAACUGGACCUCAGCUCCAAUGACCUGGGAGACAGAGGAGUGGAGCUGCUCUGUGUUGGACUAACCAGUCCACUCUGCAACAUACAGACACUAGUUCUUGGUCAGUGUGGUCUGACAGAGGGUUGCUGUUCAGAUCUGGCCUCAGUCCUGAGUUCACCCAACUCACAACUGAAACAACUGGAGCUGAGAGACAAUGACCUGCAGGACUCAGGAGUUACACUGCUGUCUGCUGGACUGGAGGAUCCAGACUGUAAACUACACACACUGGGGCUGUCUGGCUGUCUGGUCACAGAGGAGGGCUGUGCUGCUCUGUCAUCAGCUCUGAGGUCAAACCCCUCCCACCUGAAAGAGCUGGACCUGAGCUACAAUCACCCAAGAGACUCUGCAGGGGGACUGCUUUCAGCUGCUCUGAUGGAUCCCACAUAUAAACUGAUGAAGCUGAAUGUGGAUCAUGGUGGAGAGUGCAGGCUGAAAUCAGGGCCACGGAAAUAUGCUUGUCAUCUCACCCUGGACCCAAAUACAGCACACCCAUACCUGAUACUGUCUGAGGGGAACUGUAAAAUGACGUGUGUGGUGGAGGAGCAGCAUUAUGAAGACCAUCCAGACAGAUUUGAUUGUCGUCACCAAGUUCUCUGCAAGGAAGGCUUAUCUGGAGGUCGUUAUUACUGGGAGGUGGAGAGGGAUGGUGACUGGGAUGGUGGCAAGGCUUACAUUGGUGUGGUGUACAAAAGAAUAAAGAGGAAGGGAGAAGAGGAUGACAGUUGGAUUGGACACAAUAAGGAGUCCUGGUGUUUAGUCUGCUCUGACAGUGAUUAUCACUUUUACCAUGCUGGAGUCCAUAGCAGAUCCAUCCCUGGUCCUGGUCCUAGCACAGUUGGUGUGUUUCUGGACUGGUCAGCUGGUACUUUGUCCUUCUAUAGUGUGUCCUCCUCUGGUACACUGACACACCUUCACACAGAACACACCACAUUCACUGAACCCCUCUAUCCUGGGUUUGGGUUUGAGGUUUCCUCCUCUGUGACCCCGUGUCAGAUAAAUGACCAACACAUUCAGAGAGACCAUGGUGGAGAGAGUUGGAUCAAGCCUGGACCUGAGAACACCAGAGACCAUGGUGGAGAGAGUUGGAUCAAGCCUGGACCUGAGAACACCAGAGACCAUGGUGGAGAUAGUUGUAUCAAGCCUGGACCUAAGAACACCAGAGACCAUGGUGGAGAGAGUUGGAUCAAGCCUGGACCUGAGAACACCAGAGACCAUGGUGGAGAGAGUUGGAUCAAGUUUGGACCUGAGAAAUGGAUUCCUCAGAGCUGUAAGACUUGUGACCAUGUUGAGGACUCCACACACUGGCUUCAGAUUGAACCCUUGACUUCCACUGUCCAGGGAGUGACAAUGUUCAGGCACAGGACACCCAGAGGGAGUUAUGAGUGCACAGUGUCUGGGCUCCGCUGGCUGUGUGAGAGAGAUGUCAUUCUGAAGUAUCACUUCAGGAACUGGGAACCCUACAGUCAACUUCUGAAAGACAUGCAGUACACACAAGGUGGUCCAUUGCUGGACAUCACUAUGGAGUUAGGUGAACUGGAGGAAGUUCAUCUGCCACACUUUGUCUGUUUAGGGACCAACCCUUGCCUGAGGAAUGAGAUGAAGAUUCUUCAUGUAGAGGAACAUGGAGUGUCUUUUGAGGAAGUGCAUGAGGUCACCAGAUUCCAUGUUAAGAUUCUCCAUCCCAAGUUCUCACCUAUCUCUCUGAUACUGAGGUUACUGUCUUGGAACGUAGAUGUCCACUGUGAUGUGGUCCUCUAUAUGGCAGUAAAAAGGUCAACAGUCAUUUCAAGGCUGUACCUGCUCCUCAGAAACUCCAGUCAGAAAGAGGCUGUUCAGGAACGUGAGAAAAACCAGGUGUCCAAAGGAUUUUCAGAAUUCGUCCUGUCAAGUCCAAACGGGUCCUUAAAGCUGAACAGUUGGUUUGCGUUCAAGAAUCCCCGCUCCACUUCCAUCAAUCCAGAGAAGAUUCAGCUGUUACCUGCAGACACCACACCAAGCUGUUGUCAGAUGAUAAUGGGAAACACAGGGGUGGAUAUUGAGAUGGAGUUAAUCGGGGAUGAUGAGAGGACAGUAUGGAAAUCAGUGGUAUCAAAAGAUGUGUACAGCAACGACUCUCAUCCAACAUCAUUAAUACUCCUUGGGAUUCCUGCUGAGGAGUUUCUGAAGAAACACAGGGCUGAACUCAUUCAGGGAGUCAAAAACACAAAGCCAAUAGCAGAUGUUCUGCGGUCAAAGUACAUGAUUGGUGAUGAAGAGUACUCCAGAAUAAAAGCUGAAACAACUGAACAGGAGCGAAUGAGAGAACUACUGAACGCAGUCCUCCCUAAAGGACCAGAAGUGAUGGGAGCUUGUCUCAAAGCUCUCAGUGAACAUGAACACCAUCUUGUUAAGUUCUUGAGUGAAUCGAGCACCUAAUCUGAAGAUACUGAGGCCUGUCUUCUAGUCUGUGGACAAAGACACUUCUCCACCUAAUCUGACGAUGCUGAGGCCUGUCUCCUAGUCUGUGGACAAAGACACUUCUCCACCUAAUCUGACGAUGCUGAGGCCUGUCUUCUAGUCUGUGGACAAAGACACUUCUCCACCUAAUCUGAAGAUGCUGAGGCCUGUCUCCUAGUCUGUGGACAAAGACACUUCUCCACCUAAUCUGAAGAUGCUGAGGCCUGUCUCCUAGUCUGUGGACAAAGACACUUCUCCACCUAAUCUGAAGAUGCUGAGGCCUGUCUCCUAGUCUGUGGACAAAGACACUUCUCCACCUAAUCUGAAGAUACUGAGGCCUGUCUCCUAGUCUGUGGACAAAGACACUUAAGUGAUUUUAAGGGAAAUGUUUGUUUGUGCUAUUCUUUUAAAAAUGUCUGUGUUUUAUUCAUGUGCUGUUCUGUAAACUAAUUUGUGUGUUCAUGCAAGUGGCUGACUGUACAAAUCCUCACAAACAGUAGAUGUAAUUUGGCAGUAAGGCCAGACGUUGGUUUGAGAACGAGAUAUCUCAGUUUCAAGGUCUCAUCUUAGAGAGAAGAAGACUGGUGACGUGUUGGUCUGUCCAAUGCUAUGAAACGGUAUUGGUCGGUCACAUGAAUGAAGCAAACAGUAAUGAUUCAUUAAUUAUGCUAAAUCAUGCAAAUUUAGCUUGUCUGUGUAUAGCCAUAUAUGAGAGAACUGCUGGGUCUGCCCAGGGAGAGCUCCUGAUUGACAUCUGUACUGUUGUUCAUUGAGUUGGGUCUGACCAGGCAUAGCCCCUGAUUGACAUGUGUACUAUGGUUCAUUGAGUUGGGUCUGACCAGGCAUAGCCCCUGAUUGACAUGUGUACUGUGGUUCAUUGAGUUUGUUGGAACCUCUCAGCUCACUGACAAUAAAUAAUGAUUCAUUUAAGAUUGA